AUGUCCUUGACUUGCAUCUCCCUGUACUCCACCCAGCACGGAAGAGAUGGGGCGCCUGGUAGCAUCAGCGAAGAUGAGGAUGUACAGGGCACUAACAAGUUAGGAAGUGGUGUAGCCAGACUGCCCUUCAUGGGAUACAACACGUGGAACGCGUACUACUGCGACAUCGACGAAGACAUAGUCCUCACCAAUGCCAAACGUAUGGUCGAACUCGGUUUCGUAGACCUAGGGUACAACUACAUGAACGUGGACGACUGUUGGGCGGAGAAGAAUAGGAGUGCGGAUGGGUUCCAGCUUGCCAACAAGAAGACGUUCCCGAGUGGCAUGAAGUCGUUGACAGAUAAGAUCCAUGAAAUGGGCAUGAAAGCGGGAAUUUACAGCGAUUCUGGCUGGUUCACCUGCCAGCUGUACCCCGGCUCAUUCCAACAUGAAGAGCAGGACGCGGAAACAUUCAUGGAAUGGGGCUUUGACCUCCUCAAGUUCGAUAACUGCGCCAUUCCCUUCGAUACAAUCGUUAAAGAAGGGGUGGUAGGAAAAUUCCACCGUAUGGCCGAAGCUAUCAACAAGGUUUCGACGAAGUUGCAACGCACUCCGCUCGUGUAUUCCUUAUGUCAAUGGGGCUGGGGUCAGCCAUGGCUUUGGGCUCGCGAGAUUUCUCAGAGUUGGAGGACGACGGGUGACAUCGAAGCCAAUUGGAAGUCGGUGACAAGUAUUCUCAAUGCUAAUUCGUUUAUUGCUUGGGCGAACAACUUCUAUGGACACAACGAUAUGGACAUCGUACUAACAAUGCGUGGACGUCCGCACAGUGGCAAUGGCGACCUCUCGUACGAAGAGGCCAAAUCGCAUUUCACGGCCUGGGCGCUUAUGAAGAGCCCGUUGUUGAUUUCUUGUGAUCUGACCACCAUCUCCGACGAGUCUUUUGCAAUCUUGUCGAACAAGGAGAUCAUUGCGAUCAACCAGGAUCCGGUCGAGGGCAAGAGCAUCGUGCCGUUCCGGUGGGGCGUCAAUCCCGACUGGACGAGUAAUGUGACCCACCCUGCUCAGUACUGGAGUGGAAAAACGCAGAACGGAACGGUCAUCAUGCUGCUGAACACACUGGACGAGCCAGCUGACAUGUUUUUCAACCUCACCGAAUCGCCCUGGAUUAGAGCGGGCAGGCAGUAUCAUGUUCGGGACCUUUGGACGCAUACGUUGAACGGUACUGCUCUCCGCAACUUCACGGCACAAGGGGUGCCGUCACACGGGGUCGUGGCCCUCCUUUUGCAGGACGCCGGCGACGAGCCCGACGGUAUAUGGCCGCCCUGUGUCAGGAGAGAGUGGUGUAUGGCGAGUAACGGCACGGCUUAUUGGGGGGAUAACAAUGGUGGCUGGGCGCAAAACUCGACGGGAUCGACUGCCGAUGACAAUGAGUAG